AGGGGGUGUUUCACCCGAAAUAAGGGAAAAUUAGGGGGUUGUAACAGGAUGGGGUUGGGAUCUGUUGCCCCCCACCAUGUGCUCUGCUCUUUCCCCAGCCAUGAAGGCAUUGCUGCUGUUUCUCCUCGUCUGCGUGGCCGUCCUGGCGGCAAGGGCCGACACGCCCAAGGAGCCGGAGCCGCUGGUGAAGAAGAUGCAGGAAUUGGCGCAGAAAGCCUCAGCCAUGGCCAAGUCGGCGAUCAGCAUCGUGCGGGAGUCGGAGGUGGCUCAGCAAACCAGGCAGUGGCUGGCGAACAACACGGAGCUGGCGAAGCAGCGGCUGGACUGGGUGAAGGAGAAGCUGGUGGAGCUGUGGAAGCAGGCGCGGGCUGCGUAGCCCCACGGGGGCUGCCCAGGCUGGGGUCUCUCCCCACAGCUCCCACCCUGUGUCGCGGGUUUGGCAAUAAAGCGGCGCUGAAGCAGG